GUUCCACACGCAUUACCCCCGAAAUGGAAGGUAUUCCGAAAGUGCUCCUUAUAGCAGCAAUAUUAGCCAUGCCUGUCUCCGCGCAGGAUUAUUGUAGUGGCGAUAUCUGUGAUCCAGGCGAUAGGCACAUUGACUGCAAUAAUUCGGGGAAAUUCGCAUCAAGAUGUCCUGCAACCGCCCGCAUCAUAAACAUAAAGCAUCAUCCGCAGAAAAGUCUCAUUCUCCAGAUGGUCAAUGUUCGUAGGAAUCGGUAGCAACAGGUGAUUUGAGUGGAUUCAAAAAGGCUAUCCGUAUGCCUACCGUUCAGUGGAGUAAUGACCUGGCCCGCCUCGCAGCAUUAAGUGCAAAGCGUUGCUCUACCGAGUUUGACCAGUGCAGGAAUACGAUCACCUUCAAAAGGGUGGCUCAACUCGUAUUCAAUCAAUACAGUACAGGUUGCAUCAACAUAAACUACAGAGAGCAUAUUAUAAAAAUGAUCCAAACUUGGUUUACUCAGUACCAAAAUGCAAACGCUGGAAGGAUGGAAAAUUUCACAAGGGCCAACCCCGUCUACAGUGCAUUUGCUAUUCUGGUCAACCAGAGGGUUACGCAUAUUGGUUGUGGGACUGUUACAUUCAAGCAGAAUCGCCGUCUUGAUGUCAUCACGAUUUGUAAUUUCGCAUCAAGGAAUAUGCCAGGGACGGCGGUGUACCAGGCAGGUGACACAGCCUCUAACUGCACCACAGGAACUAAUCCAACCUACCCGGGAUUGUGCUCAAUAGAUGAAGCAGUUGAUCCUAAUGCUGAUUAGAAAAUCUAUUUUGAGUGCAACGUUUUCAUGAUAAACUAAUAAAGAUAUUUUGAA